AUGGGGGGAUUCGAACCUGCAUAUUUUUGCUUUUUUGGUAACAUAUAUGAGCUCAUUUACGAUGUAGAGGGUAUAGAUUUUGACGACUUAGGAGACGACUUGGGUCUUCCAGAGGCGAUCUUACUUCAUUCUGAUAUUGACACUCGUAAAAAAAUAUCUCUUAGCUUUGAGAAGGCAAAUAAUGAAUUAAGAAGAUGCUCUGGACAACCCAUUGUUGGAUGUCAGAGACAUGAGGCUAGCAACCUUAUUGGUGCUAGUCUGAGAGAUGCUGUGCUUACUGAACUAGAAAGAAAUACAUCAGAGAAAAACCGUGAUGUUAAAGAGCGGAUGAGAUUGGGCCAAACGGCGAUUACUGAUCCUUCACCAUUGCAAAACCCUAAUAUGCUUUCAGACCUUAGAUGUUCUCUCUGCAACAGAAUUUUGAAAGAUGCUGUGAUGGUUUGUUGCUGCCAUUAUAGUUUUUGUGAGGAAUGCAUUCAUCAAGAAUUGGUUGAGAAGGCCAGAUGUCCCAAGUGUUUUUCCAUAAAUGGAAUUGAAGAUCUGUUACCAAAUAUUACUGUUAGGAAAUUAAUUGAGCGUUUCAAUGAAUCUGAAAAUUUAAUCACUGGAUCAGAAUGUGAUUUUCGUCAAUAUGCUCCAGAUAGAGAAUCAGGAAUUUGUCCAAAUGGUGUUCCUUGUGGGGUGAAAAUCCUUCAGAGAGAGCCAGAAUCACCUCAUUCUCCAACUGCAUCAGGGUGGGGGUCCAAUCAAAUUGCAACAGAACCUUCUCAUGACAUGCAGUUAGAAGAAAAUGCUUCAAUGCGCUGCUUUAUUCCUCCUGUCAGUUUGUCAGGUGUGGAGAAAUCUUUGAGACGAACUUCUGUGUCACAAAAAAGGAAGCAAAUAGAUGGAGACAGAUGUGUGGCUGCCCUUGUGGAUUUGAAGAGUAGACGUGAGGGCUUGGCAGAUUUCACUGGUUUUCAGGGGGGAAGCCAGCUUGUGCAUGAGAGAGGUAUUGGCAAGAGCUUUAUGCAAACUAGAAGACAAAGAAAGGUAAUAUCUCUCUUGCAAGCUUUCCUUAAUCAUCAUUGGACAAAACUAAAAUGGACCAAAGAUCAGGAUGCCUCCUUAUUGUUCAAUUUGCAAAACAAUAUUAUGAACCCAGAAAUAUCUUUCCUUGCUGUAAGCAUUAGGAACAUCAGGUCUUGUGCUUAUUGA